AUGGAUGAUUUCGUUAAAAUAGAAAAAAUAGGUGAAGGAACCUAUGGCGUGGUUUAUAAGGGCAAAAACAAAGUAACAGGUCAAUACGUGGCAAUGAAGAAAAUAAGGUUGGAAUCCGAGGAAGAAGGCAUUCCGUCGACAGCCAUACGGGAAAUAUCACUUCUCAAAGAACUAUAUCAUCCUAACAUUGUCAAAUUAGAAGACGUUUUAAUGGAGGAAGCUCGUCUGUAUUUGAUCUUUGAGUUCUUAUCCAUGGAUCUGAAGAAAUUUAUGGAUUCCCUCGGCUCGGGCAAGUUUAUGGAGCCGGAGACGGUCAAGAGCUACCUGUAUCAGAUCAACAAUGCUAUACUGUACUGUCACCAACGCAGAAUCCUUCACAGAGAUCUAAAACCUCAGAACUUACUCAUUGAUAAGACUGGGAUUAUUAAGGUUGCCGAUUUUGGUUUGGGUCGAGCAUUUGGCGUCCCAGUACGUGUUUACACUCAUGAAGUGGUGACACUUUGGUAUAGGGCUCCUGAAGUACUGCUCGGCAGUCAACGAUAUUCUUGCCCGAUAGAUAUGUGGUCAGUUGGAUGUAUAUUUUCCGAGAUGUCAUCCAAGAAACCAUUGUUUCAAGGUGAUUCAGAAAUUGAUCAGCUGUUCAGAAUCUUCAGAAUGUUGAGAACACCUACUGAAGAGAUUUGGCCUGGCGUCUCAUCUCUACCCGACUACAAACCAACAUUCCCCAAUUGGACGAGCUUCAAUCUUCAUAACCAUGUUCAGAAUCUGGAUGAAGCGGGUAUGGAUCUGCUUCAGAAGAUGUUAGUGUAUGAUCCUAUCCGUCGGAUCUCAGCCAAGGAGGCUCGCAGGCAUCGUUACUUCAUAGAUGUCCAGCUGCCAGCCGGCCUCACAUCACACCCACCAUACAUCAGGUGCUCGGAAACAAACAGUGACAGAGUACCCAGUGUUUAA